AUGUCCUUAUAUCGGGCAUGGGAGGCGGCAUAUAGGCUGCAGGCGGACUCCCCACUUCCCCCUUCCGCCAUCGCUCUCCCCCCGCGCGUUCCCCCUCCCCCCCACCUGGAGGACUGCGUUGCGCUGACUGCCUGGCGCUGGGCGCAGGAGCAGGGGGAAGCGGGGGAAGGGGGGAAAGGGGGGAAAGCAGGAAGUAGGGGGGAAGAUGGGGAUGUGGGGGAAGGAAAAGGGGAAGCAUCAGGGAAAACGGGGAAAGUGGGGGCAGAAAAAAAAGGAGAAUCAGGGGAAGGCUUGCAAGGAAUGGGGGGAAGGGGGGAGCUUCCCCCCUGGGCGGCACAAGCUCACCCCCAGCCGCCCUGGAUCCUCGGGUCUGAUGCAGCCAAUCUGGCGAUGACACGUGUCGCUCAGAGGGACAUCUGGGCGCACCAGUUUCCCCCUGGGGGAGACUGCAGCGAAGACCGGCUCCUAUUGGUGGAUUGGCCGAGCUCGCCACAGGCACUUAUGCUUCCUUCCACUGCUACUUCUUCCCCCUCGUCUCCCCCGCCUGUGAACACGGAGCUGAGCUGUCGGAGCAGUCAACUUUCCCCCCUGUCCCGCCUUCCUAAACUCCGCUCCCCCCUCCAAUUUCCAGCCACAGGCACUUUCGCUUCCUUCCACUGCUACUUCUUCCCCCUCGUCUCGCCUGCCUCCACAGGCACUUUCGGUUCCUUCCACUGCUACUUCUUCCCCCUCGUCUCGCCUGCCUGUGAGCACGAAGCUGAGCUGGCGGUGGCGGCGGCAGCAGCGGCCAAUGAGACGCUGCCACGUAUGACAGAGGACAGCAAGGAGGCGGUUCUGGCGUCAGAACAGCGCGUGGUGCUGUUCCACGGGGAGCCUUAUAACGGAUUACGCUUUGAAGGGGAUGUGAGCCGUUGGCCCAAUGCGUAUCGUGAGCGGCCCAACACCAUGGAGGUGGUUGGAUUCGUGGGGGAGGGGGAUGAGACAAGACAACGGGUGAGAUGGAGUGUCCUGGGGUGUCCUGGGGUGUGCUGGGGUGUGCUGGGGUGUGCUGGGGUGUGCUGGGGUGUGCUGGGUUGUGCUGGGGCGUGUUGGGGAGUUUUGGGGUGUCCUGGGGUGCACUGGUGGCGGGGCGGCCCAGUCCACCCGCUUCCUCCUCCGCUCACCCUCUGCCUACCUCUGCCACAUCACACCACCCACAUGUAUCUGAAUUGCCUCUCCACCCCCACCUUUACCCUCCCCCUCCUCCCAGGUGCACUGGCGGCGGGGCGGCCCAGUGCACUGGCGGCGGGGCGGCCCAGUGCACUGGCGGCGGGGCGGCCCAGUCCACCCGCUUCCUCCUCCGCUCACCCUCUGCCUACCUCUGCCACAUCACACCACCCACAUGUAUCUGAAUUGCCUCUCCACCCCCACCUUUACCCUCCCCCUCCUCCCAGGUGCACUGGCGGCGGGGCGGGCCCAAUCCACCCGCUUCCUCCUCCGCUCACCCUCUGCCUACCUCUGCCACAUCACAUCAACCAACUGUAUCUGGCCCCUCUAUUCAGGUGCACUGGCGGCGGGGCGGGCUCAAUCCAUCCGCUUCCUCCUCCGCUCCCCCUCUGCCUACCUCUGCCACAUCAGCAACCGUGUCCGCCACACCUCUCACAGCCCCUCUAUUGUCCCUUCACCCCUCCCCACCCAACUAUUCUCCCCACCUAUACCUCUCCUCCCAGGUGCACUGGUGGCGGGAUCAAUCCAUCCGUUUCCUUCUCCGCUCCCCCUCCGCCUACCUCUGCCACAUCACCAACCGUGUCCGCCACACCUCCUACGGCCUCUCAGUUGCCGCCCACCUCUCCGCCACCUCCUUUUCCCCCUCACUUUCUCUUCCCCCUCACCUCCUCCUACCAGGUGCACUGGUGGCGGGCUCAAUCCAUCCGCUUCCUCCUCCGCUUCCCCUCUUCUUACCUCUGCCACAUCACCAACCGUGUCCGCCACACCUCCUACGGCCUCUCAGUUGCCGCCCACCUCUCCGCCUCUGCCGCCCAGCAGGCCGCCCUGGCCCACACCCACCCAGAGAUUUUAUCCUUGCUAAGAGCUGCUGCGCCGCCGUGUAUAGGCGGCGAUGGAAGCAGUAACAGCGCUGGAGCAGCGGGCAUGGGCAGAGAGGCGGCCCAGCAGCUGCAGCUGUAG